AUGGGUAGCAGUGUGGUUAUGGAAUUGUUCCAUAAAUUGAAGCCUUAUUUGGCUAUGUUGGCCCUGCAGUUUGGUUAUGCAGGGAUGUACAUAAUAAGCCUUGUCUCCAUGAGGCGUGGUUUCAGUAACUGGGUUUUGGUUUGCUACCGCCAUGUCACUGCUACCAUUGCUAUUGCUCCCUUUGCUUAUUUUCUUGAAAAGAAAAUAAGGCCAAAGAUGACGAAAAAGCUGUUUCUGAAGCUACUUGUGCUGGGUUUCCUAGAGCCAGUCGUAGAUCAGAACUUGUACUACCUGGGCAUGAAGUACACAUCAGCAACAUUUGCAUCCGCCACUGUGAACAUGUUGCCUGCAGUCACCUUCAUCAUGGCUGUCAUCUUCAGGUUGGAGAGGUUAAACCUAAGGAAAGCACCCAGCUUGGCCAAGGUGAUUGGCACAGGAAUAACAGUGACCGGAGCCAUGCUCAUGACACUCUACAGAGGCCCUGCGAUCAACAUUAUCCCAUACUCCCAUGGCAUCAGCCACCAUGACGCCGCCAGCACAGCCACAGAUCAGCACUGGGUCAUGGGCACGAUCUUGUUGCUCAGCUGUAUUGUUAGCUGGGCUGGCUUCUUCAUCCUGCAAAACAAAGUAUUGGAUGAGUACCCAGCAGAGAUGUCACUAGCAGCUCUAAUAUGCAUAAUUGGGACUGUAGAGACUGGGAUUGUUGCACUGAUAAUGGAGCAUGACUUGAGUGCAUGGGCUAUUGGUUUUGAUUCAAGGCUUUUGGCUGCUACCUAUUCUGGGAUAGUGUGCUCUGGAAUUGCAUAUUACAUCCAAAGUGUGGUGAACAGGAUUAAAGGGCCAGUGUUUGUGACAGCAUUUAGCCCACUAAGCAUGAUCAUCACUGCAGUAUUGGGGACAAUAAUUUUGGCAGAGCAAAUUCAUCUUGGAAGCUUGAUCGGAGCAGUGGUUAUUGUGUUUGGGCUGUACUCUGUGGUUUGGGGCAAAAGCAAAGACAAGAAGGUUCCAGACAAACUUACAUUUGAUGAGGGAGCACCGCAUGAACUGCCCGUGGUGGACAAGAAAGCAUCAGGGGUGGUGGAUGUCAGCAAUGGCACCGCAGAAUGGAAUGCCCCUGAGAAGAAACUUGGUUACCAAGCAGAGCCAUGAGAACCUAUGCAGACGCAUAAGGCCAUCAAUCGAUGUCAUAUUUUGGAAAAAAUGAAAAGAGUACCUGUGUAAGAUGUUGAUAUUUUGGUCUUACAUUGUAAUCUCCAGCAACUAUUAAGGGAAUUAAUCGCAAUAUUACCUCAUUUUCUAAUCCAAGAA